AAAAAGAUGAAACCCAUCUUCAAUAUGUUAUCGCGCAGAUGUGUCAAAAUCAGAUCAAUGAAAGUCAUUACAUUCCUAUUUGGGAUCUUUACAGUAUUAUAUAUGAUGACUCAGGAAGAAUACCAAAUAAUACAAACAGUGGAGCCAGAUGUCUGCAAUACAAAUAAUUUUGCCCAUUUGGGGCUCGCAGGAGUUGGGAAAUGCCCGGAUGUGGGAGAAUGCAUGAUGCGGGGAAGAUGGCGGACUCGACCCUUAACGUCCUUGGAAAAACAAAAAGUAGAUGAUUAUAUAUUUUCAGCUAGAAGGGAACAUGGUGUGGCAGAGACGCUCCAGAGGAGUGAUGGGAAGUGUUUCAGCGUGUCGUCUGAUGGCGGGAAUGGAUGGUUUCGCGCGCUGUGUGAUCCGGAUGGGCCGACGCCAUGUUGCAAUGAUAAUAUUUGUGUCAACAAAACCUUUAAAGACUGCAAGUGCCCGGGCUGUCAAGAUCUUCGGAAUCUGAUUCAUGCCGAGUACUCAACCUGGCAGCCUGAAGAUUCCCGAUGUAUGGUGAAGAACUUCACAGCCAAGGAAGCAUGUGACCUUCUACAGGGUGCGACAGUUGCUUUUGUCGGAGACUCUCUGAUGCGCCAUCUCUACACUGUUCUACUCACUGUGCUCACAAACAAUGGCCACGAUGGAGCUAUUGACAGCAACGCUCCGAAAGAUAUCCAGAAUCGAUGUGCAGGAUGGAAGAUACUCACCGAGAAGGUUUGCCUUUUCUGGAUUAAACGGAAUGUAACUGUUUGUAACAAUUCUGUCAGGCUUAAGUUUUUUGAAUAUUUUAGAUCACCCUUCUCCAAAACCUUCCUUGACUUAGGCACAAGCCUUUACAAUGAAAACAAAUCCUUAUUAGUGGCAGGUAUUGGUUUACAUGAGGACUACGAUUUUACAAAAGUAUUCCAUAAAUUCUUAUGGCCAUUCCUACAAAACCAAAUAGACAAUGGAAGCGUGUGGCCAAAGGUAAUUUGGUCUACAGUCCAUUCAAGAUCUGUGAUUGUCAGCAAAGUCGACAUCGAAGAAGAACUGUACAAGACAAGGAUUUUUAACCAGUUGAUGAGAGACAGGAUGGAACGAUAUGGCGUGACUGUGUUCGAUACUUUUAACAUGACGAAAGGAGUAGCAACUCCUGAUGGCACUCAUUAUGGGUUUGGACUAAAUUUGAUGAAGGCACAAAUGUUUCUUAAUCUUGUACUAGAAAUGAGAGACAGACUGGAGUGGUGAAAUGUAUUGUUCACGAUCACAAGUAGGUUUCCCUGCUAAGGCGUGAUUGAUACUGUUAACGUAUUUAACGACACAUUAAGCAAUAUUCCAGCCAUACAACGACUCUCCAUCGACUCUGGAUAAAACAAACCAAUGACUGAAAACAUGAACAACGGUCCAUCGGGGAAUGCUAGCGCACAGUCAGCCAGCCAGAUAACUCGAUCCAGCUUAGUCUCCUCUUCAUGUUGUGGACCUAUUCUAACCAAGCUUCAAACAAGGAAUGACGGCCAUGACAACAUGACUGGUGAUACCGCCAGGUUAUUUUGGCCAUCGAAUAACAGGUGGUAAAACUUAGGCUAGAGGCUCUGUUCGAAUUGUUGACCCUGUACUCGCAGUGGUGAAUAGGUUCUCGGUAGAAUAGGAUGGUAAUGAGAAGACACACCGGAAGGUCAGGUUAUAAGAUCCCCAUUUGGUUAAGAUUGCAAUAUGAGUGCGCACUGUUCCAGAGUUAUCGUAUUUUAGGCGCCUUCGGCAUAUCUUUGUGUGGAACAUUGGAUCAAAAUCCAGAUUAACCCGAGAAUGUUCCUUGUUCUGUCAGUAAUGGUGUCCCGCGGUUCCCCAAAGAAGUAAACACUUGUUCUUAAAGAUUUCACCCGACACGGAUCUGAUACGCCCUGAUACAACUGAAUACAUGCGGUGUUUACCCCUCUAAUACAAGCGCUUUAUUAGCCUAUUUCUUAAUUAUUUUAGUAUUUGGAAUCCAGGGAUCCAAUGUGAAAAGAAAUUUAGUUUUUCUCAUCCGGCUGAGUCUCUUGAGUCGUUGUCAGCGUAGAUCUUAGUGUUGACUAGUGUUGUAUUUUCGCACGUAUAUUUUAGACGGGAACAACUAGAAAGUCAGUAUUUGCCUCCAUGUCGAGGUCCGGCUGGAGCAUGUUGAUCCACAAUUUCGCUUCCUGCAUCUAUCAUCCGUGAGGCAAUAUGUUGGCAUGUGUUAGCUCAAACUGCAAAUCCCAAACAUUAUUCGUGCUUUGGGAAAAGACGAGCAUAUGAAACAUAAACUGUUCUCUCUACUAGAACCCUUAAUCACUUCCACUUUUCUGUAAACUGAUCCCGAUGGUGUAAUCGAGAACAGAUCUCUAAUAUAUCCAGUAUACAGUAAAAUACGUUUAUAACGAACACGCUUAUAACGAACAGACGGAUAUAACGAACUUUAUUUUUGGCCCCGGCCAUUUGCUAUAUAGUUGUUGUAUAUAUGAUUAUAACGAACUACGGUUAUAACGAACUAAAAUUAGUGGUCCAUUUGAGUUCGUUAUAACCGUAGUUUACUGUAUAUCAUGUAAUGAACCCGGAGCCCGAAAGAUUCAUGGGGUAUGUACUAAUAGCUUCCUCAAUUUUAAUCGAAAGAUGUAUGUGCCUCGAUUUGAUUUAAUGUGGUCCGAGAUUGUUCUCAUACGAAAUGAAAGUGGUUCCAGGGUAAAACGAAGAAAGGAUAGGGUAAUAUCUUUAUUUUAGAAGUUGAAGUAAGAAUGAAGAUUUGAUGUAGGUUCUAGCAAUUGCACCCUUUUAAAGAAUAAAUAUAAAAUGUCUACGCCACGACUUGAGUAUCUAUGGAAAUAGAUUCCAUUGUGCUCAAAAAGAAAAACAGCGUUGAGAAUUAUAUGAAUAGGUGAUUAAAUUGAGUGAGUUGGGUUUAAAGCCGCUUUUAACAGUAUUCCAGUUUUAUCACGGCGUGUCAGCUUAAUGUGG